UUUCGCGGUAUUAAUACUGACGUCAUGCGCAGCUGAUUCAAAAAUGCCGUGUAACCUCAAAUCUCUCUCAUCUACAAGCUCAUCGCCGAAACUCCGCAGCUCCGCAGACAUCGCAGGGUGAUUCGGCAAAGUUUGUAAACUUGACGGAAAGUUCUGUAGUGACAAUUGUCAAAAUGAGAUGACGAAAAGUUUCGUGUUUCGAGCUCUCUCGCUGUGUUAAAGUUGUUUUCCGUGAUAAAUUGUUAUCCCAUUUACCCUAGUUACCCUCUUUACGUUAUUGUUUCUCCUAAGUUUUCGUCUUCACAGAUUUGCGUCGUUUCACGUCGGAUCAAUAGCACCUAUUGAUCCAUUCCCCAGCUUUCGGAAUGGUCAUUCUCAACACCAUGGAGAAAGAUCUUCGGCAAAAUGUGUUGCGCCUCAUGGCCGAGAAGGAGAAAAUCGAGACGACAAUCAGAGAAAUGUUCCAAAUUCUCGAGACUAAUCGCGUGACCAUGAAUGAUCCUCUUGUUGAUAACGAAGGGUUCCCUCGUCAGGAUAUUGAUGUAUUCCAAGUUCGCCAUGCUCGCCACCAAAUAAUUUGCCUCCAAAAUGAUUUCAAAAAUGUCAUGAAGAACAUUGAAGAAGGUCUGCACCGUAUCCACGCCAAAUCAAAUCCUGAUAGCUCUGCCAUGGAGAGCACUUCCAGCGUAGCCCCACAAGAUUUGCCGAAGCCGUUUGCGAGUAUCAACUUCGUGGCUAUAAAUUCACCAGCUGAUGAAGCAGGUUUGAAGGUGAACGAUUCUCUGGUUCAGUUUGGGACAGUUCACUCCAACAACAUUCGCAAUUUGACUGAUAUCCACGAGGUGGUAAAGCACUCCAUUGGACAGAGCAUCAAUGUCACAGCUCUUCGCAACCAGAAGAUCAUUCAUUUGACUCUGAGACCUCACACCUGGGCCGGCAGAGGCGUUCUCGGCUGCGAAAUUCUUCCAGUGGAUUUUGUUGAUCGAUGAUAUUCGUAGUAUAUUCCUAAUUUUAAGGUUACUGUUUCGUGCAUUCAGACUAUUGAAUCAAGGCAACUCUCAAGCCAGCAGUAUCAACGGUACAGGAACGUUUUCGGAAUGAAGUUACUUCUUGAGUUUUUCUUUACCUAUUGUAAGGUUGUCUUCACCGUCGUACUUUUUAGGGCAUCCUUUAUUUCCUCUUCUAAGAACUUUUCUUGAAUUUCAAAAGCCCCUACCCAGUGAAGUAUUUCAAAAAGUUCAUCUAUCUCAUUCUAGUCUGUUUCAUUUUGGUUACUACACUAUAUGAACCCCUUUUUACUUUUUCCCUACAA